AUGAUGUUCACAGUAACCGGUACAUUUUCGCCCUCAUCAUCAACAUCAUCAAUACCAUCUUCAACGGUUAAAUGUGAUGCGAAGAAAAUUGAAACAUUUGGUGAUAUUGUUGAUGGUACCACGAAUGAAUUAAACAAUAGUAGCACAUCAAAUUCGACAUUAACAACAGCAACUGUUCAAUCAAUUGAUAAAGAAACAACAUUAACAACAACAACAACAACAACAACAACAACCACAACCACAACUUCAACAUUAACAAAUAAGAAUUUAAGUGGAAAUAUUGAAAGUGAUGGGAAAUCAGUACAUGGAAUUGUUGCAUCAUUGAUACGUGCAGCUGAGGAGACACGUUUUCAGGCACCUGAUAAACCAAAAUCAUUAAAUCUUAAUAAUAAAACAAUUGAACAGAAACAUUCAUCAGCAAUUGCUAUUACUUCUAAACAACAACGACAACAGCAACAACAACAACAACAACAACAGGAAACUGGUACUCAAACAAGUCCAUACUCGUUAUCCAGAUCAAGUUCAUUCGAUUGGAUAAACGAAUCAUCCAUUGAUGAACAGUGCAGUGAGGAACUUAUCAUUACUUCAACUGAAUCACAGGGAACACCCGAAGAUCCUGAAUAUUCUUCAUUAAAUCGAGCUGCGAAAUCUCAUACUACUACUGAUAAGGAAGUUCAAGGAAUGUUGCGCCAAAAUGAUGAUUUACGUGAAGAAAGAAAAAUACAAUCGUCGGAAGUUAUUGAUGAAAGUAUUGCAAUGUUAUUGGAAUAUGCUGAAGAUAUGGAUAUUGUACCAAACCAGAAAUUGCAUUAUCCAGUUAUCAAUGAAAAUUUUGCAAAAGUUGCAAAUGAUAUACGCAAUAGUGAAUCAGUUUUAAUGCCAUCUGAUAGUUCCAGAAACCGGAUAUCAUCAUCAUCAACAAAUAAUCAAAAUGAAUUUUUUCGACGUUUUAAAUCAUCGACGGAUAAUGGAAAUGGUACGAUAAAUUUGGCUGGCCAAACUAACCAACAAACAUACAUUGGAAAACGUUCUUCACAAGGAUCUAUGAAUGGUAGUAUAUAUGAUAAUGUGCCUUAUCAAAUUAGGCAUGCCUUACUCUUAGGUAAUAUCAAUACAUCUAAUGUUUCCGGUGCUACCGGAUCACAUGAAUUAUCCCGAAAAGAUAGCAACGCAGACUCAACAUCAGUAUCGAAUAAAUUGAAUCAUGAUGCCAUCUUAGCCCAUGGCACAAAAAUUAUGGACGAUUUAUCGUCACCGAAUGAUAGCACUAUAUCUCAGCGUGAAAUUAGUGCCAAUUCUGGCUUGGCUGAUAGCGAGAGCUCUCCGAUGACUCCCGAUGCUCCAACUUCGAUUAGACUCCGUUCGAACGGUCGAUAUCGAAAGCAGCAACCAAAUGUUAAAAAUAGAUAUCAAAUGGCUCAGAUAAAAAUAGAUUCAUCAUUUGAAGUGGAUACAAAUGGCACAGAAGUACGUUCACCACCACCACCUUCACCUCGUUUGGAUAGGGAAAAGCAAACUUUAUCGAUGGUAUUGGCAUCUGAUUUGUUCGCUUUCAGUACUGGACGUGUUCCGGAACGAGCAGAAAGUUGUGAAGAGUUAGAUGUUGAUUUUACUGAACAGACAGGCGAUGAAUUAUAUGCACAGAAAAAGCAAAAAGCUGGUGGGUAUUUUAGACUUUAA